AUGUUUGCUGCACUCCGCUCUUCGUUGCGGAGGGUACGUCCCCGGCUAACGUCGAAACGUAUCUUGGGUGCUAGAUACUCAAACUGGUCGCCUGAAAAUUCCCCUAUUCAAAGUCACUCAUGGGAACAACCAGAGACGUUGCAGGACAUGAUGGGACCCGUCGUUGAGGACAUGUUAGAGGAGUCAGAGUCGGAGUCUGAGGAUGAAGGAAGAGAAGAAGAAGAUAGGGAGGGAGCUUUGGGAAAGUGGAGGUAUGGCGCGCAUGAAACUCUAGUCACCGCUCCCGCCCACCGACUUCACUGCCAUUCAACCCGAACCAAUACCAUAAACACCUUCACUGACGCCAAUGGUGCUAUCAUCGCUUGGUUCUCUGGUGGGUCUUGCGGAUUCAAAAAGCGCAACCGCUCGACAUACGAAGCUGGCUACCAGUGUGCUAUUCGCAUGUUCGAAAAAAUAAAAACCCACGCAGCGAAAGAAAAAGACUUCAGGGUCGAUCUGUUUGUGAAGGGCUUCGGUCAAGGACGCGAGGCGCUGCUCAAAUCGCUUGCGACUGCCCAAGGCGACGAUGUUCGACGUUAUAUCACUUCCAUUACCGACCGAACGCCCAUUAAAAUUGGUGGUACGCGUUCUAGAAAGAUGAAGCGGAGAUAG